AUGAAGGUUUUUGAGCGCGUCCUGGAAGCUCGUCUGAGGAAAAUUGUUAGCGUUUCACUCAACCAGUGCGGCUUUGUGAAGGACUGCAGCACUAUAGAUGCUAUCCAUGCUGUCCGAAUCCUCCUGGAGAAACAUCGGGAGAAGAACCGCAGUGUGCAUUUUGCUUUUCUCGAUCUCGAGAAAGCUUUCGACCGUGUCCCACAUGAGCUGUUAUGGAUGUCCAUGAGGUCGCAUAGAGUACCAGAAGAAUAUGUGCGGUGGACGAAGCUACUUUAUGCGAAGCCUACCAGCGUUGUACGAUGUGCUGCUGGAAUAAGCAGGCCAUUCCCUGUACAAGUAGGGGUUCAUCAAGGUUCAUCCCUCUCACCUCUGCUGUUCAUACUGCGCAUGGAUACGAUAACGAAGGAAAUCCAGAAGCAGCAUCCGUGGACUCUACUCUUUGCCGACGAUGUCAUGCUCGCGGCGGAGUCUCGAGAUGAUCUUCAGAAACGAGUACAGUCUCGGAAGGAUCAGCUGCAGCAAUAUGGAUUGCGCCUCAACACAUCAAAAACUGAGUACAUGGAGUGCGGACCAAGGAUAGAGGAUGGUUCCAUUCGUGUCGAUGGCACCGAAUUAAACAAGGUGAACUGUUUCAAGUACCUUGGAUCUAAAGUGACUUCCACAGGCGACAUUGAUCAAGAAGGUCGAGCACGUGUUAAUGCUGCAUGGAUGAAGUGGAAAAUUGCAACAGGGGUACUGUGCGACAAGAAAGUCCCUGUUCGACUGAAGUCGAAGAUCUACAGGACGGUUGUGCGUCCUGUUGCCCUUUAUGGAUGCGAGUGCUGGCCGACGACGAAAGCCUUGGAAAGAGUGCUGCACGCUAUGGAGAUGCGGAUGUUAAGGUUGACAAUAGGUGUAACGCUAAAAGAGAAAGUAUCCAACGACACUGUGCGCUCCAUCUUCGGCGUCCCGAUAACUGAGAAGAUGAAGGAGGCCCGACUGAGAUGGUUCGGUCACGUCUUGAGAGGAAGAUUCUGUGGCCAAAACCGCACUGAAGCUCGACGUUUCAGGAGUGAGGCCGCGUGGGAGGCCAAAGAUUCGCUGGUUAGACCGUGUGAAGCUGGAUAUUAUAGAUGCAUGUUUGUGUACGGCUGA